GAUUAGCAUAAUCAGGCUGGGAAGGAGGAGGAGGCGGCCGCCUUGUUGGUUCGCUGCCUUGCUUUGCCUCUGCUUCAAUGCUCUGCAGCGGAGAGGGGAUCGAGAGAGAGAGAAAGAGAGAAGGCGAGCAGAAACACAACAUACCACGUUUUGGAUGCUGGGAAAAAGAGAAGAGGAAAAGGAGAGACAACGGGCAGAAGGCUGCAGAGAUCUGGGAGAGAGAAGAGACGGGGAGAGAGGGGGGGGGGAGCCAUGAUGACCACCCUCAGCCGUUGUUUGUAAAUGCGCCAGUGGAAGAGGAGGAGAAGGCUGCCAUGAUGAGGAUGGUGGGGAGCUGAGGGGAGGCUGCUGUGCUGAUGCUUGGCGCGGAUCCUGGGAAGAAACAGCAGGAGGAGAAGGAGAAGGCAGCGACGACGGGGAGGGAAGCAGCCCCAGCUCGUGGACGCCUCUGCUGCUGUUGGCCUCCCAUGCGAAGAAGACGGCGGUGGGAAUGUGAAUGUCUUCCCCCUCCUGCCUCUUCUUAUGGCCUUGCUGGGAUCGCUUCUUCAGGGGGCCGCGAAACCCGAGGCCUCUGCUGUCUGUCGUGUGGCAAUCUGGGGAGGCCUUAUUGUUAUUUUUUCCCCCUCCCUCAUGAAGGGGAACGAAGGCCACUGCCUGGCGCGGCUUGAGGGAUGAUGAGGCUGCCUCUGUUGGACUGAGGGGGAAGCGAGGCCUCCUGCGUGGCCCAUGCUGCCGCUGCCGCUUUCACUGCUGGGCCUGGAUUAAGGCUCUCGCCAUGAAGAAGACGCGGAGCACGACCCUGCGGCGGGCCUGGCCCAGCGCCGACUUCUCGGACCGGGCCUCGGACCGCAUCCGCUCCCGCAGCGAGAAGGACUACCGCCUCCACAAGCAUUUCCCCCCCGCUUUCCUCUCCCAGGCAUCCCGGGGAUACAUGACAUCAGGUGAUGUAUCACCCAUCAGUAUGUCUCCCAUCAGUCAAUCACAAUUUAUUCCGCUUGGGGAAAUCCUUUGCCUAGCCAUCUCUGCAAUGAACUCAGCACGAAAACAAGUCACACAAGAAGCACUAAUGGAACACCUUACCACCUGUUUUCCAGGUGUUCCAACUCCAAGUCCCGAAAUCCUUCGUCAUACUUUGAAUAUGCUGGUACGAGAGAGGAAAAUAUAUCCAACUCCAGAUGGCUACUUCAUUGUGACCCCACAGACUUAUUUUAUAACACCAUCCCUUAUAAGAACUAACAGUAAGUGGUACCAUCUUGAUGAGAGGAUACCUGACAGGUCUCAGUGUACCUCUCCCCAGCAAGGAACUAUAACUCCUUCCACCUCGGGAUGCGUCAGAGACCGAACGUUACCCAAAAACCACUGCGACUCUUGCCAUUGUUGCAGAGAAGACAUGCAUAGCAUGCAUGCCUCUACUCUACAGAGGAAAUCGGCAAAAGACUGUAAGGACUCAUAUUGCCCCCCUUCUCUGUGUCAGGUGCCACCCACUGAAAAAAGUAAAAGUACUGUAAAUUUUUCUUACAAAACAGAGACACUUACAAAGCCUAAAGAUACAGAAAAGCAGUCUAAAAAAUUUGGACUAAAACUCUUUCGACUAAGCUUCAAAAAGGAUAAAACAAAACAGCUGGCAAAUUUCUCUGCCCAGUUUCCUCCCGAGGAAUGGCCUUUGAGGGAUGAAGAUACCCCUACCACUAUACCUAGGGAGGUAGAGAUGGAGAUAAUUAGGCGCAUAAACCCAGAUUUGACUGUAGAAAAUGUCAUGAGGCACACGGCACUAAUGAAGAAACUUGAAGAAGAAAAAGCUCAAAGAAGCAAGGCUGGAUCUUCAGUUCAUCAUAGUGGGAGAAGCAAAAAGAGUAGAAGUCAUAGGAAGUCUCAUGGAAAAUCUCGGUCACACAGUAAAACCCGGGUUUCCAAAGGAGAUCCUUCAGAGGGAUCCCAUUUGGAUGUACCAGGGGAAAGAGAAUACGAGUUUUAUGACCCUCUCACGAGGUCCCCACGGGAAGGCUGCUUCAUAAUUGAACACAAAAGGGACAAUUUCCUCAUGCACAGCAGUCCUAACGUCCUUGAAUCUCAUUUUCCUAUGACUCCUGAAUGGGAUGUAUCUGGUGAAUUAGCCAAAAGGAGAACUGAGAUGCCUUUUCCUGAGCCUUCAAGGGGAAGCUCCCAUUCUAAAGUACAUCGAAGCCACAGCCAUACGCAAGACCGAAGAUCAAGAAAUGAGCGACCCAAUAAAGCCAAGGAGCGAUCUCGGUCAAUGGAUAACUCCAAAGGACCUCUGGGCGGUGCUUCUUUAGGAACACCUGAAGACAUAGUUGAAGCUUGCAGCCAAGAUGACCAGACAACCAGCCAAACAUACAUUGAUGAUAGCACCUUAAGGCCUUCACAGUCGCUCAGUCAUCAAAGGGCUUUGAAGUCAUCUGCAAGCUACAAAGAGCUAGUUAAAGCUGAAAAAUCUGGUAGCAACUCAGAAACUCCAACUCCUUGUAGCUUAUUAGAACAGAGCAUGCCAGCAGAGACCUUACAACCCUACAGUGAUCUCAACUCCUGUACCACAAAAUCAGCCAUUGAUGAUUACUUUCAGUGCAACACUUCUAGUGAAACUGUACUUACUGCUCCGUCACCUUUAGGAAAAAAUAAAGAUGACCAUGACGCAAUGACUUUGACUGAAAAUGUUAAAAGAGUGUCUCCCUCAGAAAGACAGUUGCAGCACAUAGCCAGGGAACCUGGAGUGCACAAAGAGGAGUCGCCUAAAGGGCCAAACAACAGCAGUGGACCAGUUGCUACUAGUCAGACGUCUGAAAUUAUUGCAAAUGGCAGACUAGUUCAACACCACAACACAGAAUCCACUAGCCUCGAUAAGAGGAAAGAAAUAUUUAGCAAAGACACACUUUUUAAGCCUCUCCACAGUACUCUGUCUGUUAACAGUUUUCACAAGCCUAGUGUGCCACUAUUAAAACCUCAUCAAAAGACAUCUUCUGACACAUUGCCAAGCAGAUGUGACAAAAUCGAACAAGCUUUGGUAACCUCAGUUACUCAAGUUAUACCUGUUUCCCAGAGACAGCAAGAGACAGCUGGAAACCAAGAAGCAACCUUUGAUUAUUACAAUGUAUCUGAUGAUGAUGACUCUGAGGAAGGGACAAACAAGAAUGCUGAAGAAGAGAAGAAUCGGGAUGACGUGGGCACUAUGCAGUGGCUUCUUGAGCGGGAAAAGGAAAGGGACCUGCAAAGGAAGUUUGAGAAGAAUCUCACUCUUCUCACUCCAAAGGAAACUGAAAACAGCAACAACCAGAGGGCCACACAUUCAGCGAGACUGGACAGUAUGGAUAGCAGCAGCAUCACAGUUGACAGUGGGUUCAAUUCCCCACGCACUCGCGAGAGCUUAGCUUCGAACACUUCAAGCAUUGUUGAAAGCAACAGGCGUCAGAAUCCCGCUCUCAGCCCUGCGCAUGGCGGUGCAGGUCCCAUGUUCAGCUUUCGAGCAACGACUGACCCUUCCACGAGUGAAACUGAAAAACUGCAGAAACCUGCCAAUUGCCUGCAAGCUUCUGUUACAAGUGUUUGAUAGUGCUUCUUCCUCAGAUCCUCUGUCUCAUCCUAUACAGCAAAGUUUACGACACUGGGACCAAUGUUUACGUCUUUGGAAGGAAAAAGAACAGGCAUCUCAGCCACACAGUUUUGUGUCUUCUUAAACUGUGCUGCUACAUAGGCUAGGGGCAACAAAGAAAUCUUUAUUUCAAGGUCUUGCUUUUCACAUUUUGCGGCUCUGUAGCAACAGAAUAGCAGUAGGGAUAAUAUGUACACUUUUGCUUCACUUAAUCGUAACUGAGCACAUAUAUGAAAGUCUAGACACUGUAAGUGUAAUCUGCAUUUUCAAUGUCAUGCAGUUGCCAACUUCAUUUAAAAAUGCCACAGAUAUGUGAUGCCCCCUACCACUGAUUAAACUAUUUGCCACAGAGUUGAUUCUUUUACUUUGUUGAAAGUAAACAGCUAAGGGUCACCUUGUGGGGAAACAAUGCCAAACAAGACUAGGAAAGACCUCAGCUCUACCUGUGAAUUAUUUAUACAUCUGUCAUUUUCACUGUGAGUCUUCAUGACAUGAUUUUGCAAGAAUUCAUAGCAAAAGUAAGUCAAAAGAGGUCAUGUUAUAAAGAUAUGGGAAAAGGUGGGAGAUAAUAGAAAUGUAAUCUAUUUUACUUUAUUUGAUUUGUUUAAGAAAUGUGAGAUGUUUAUCUACAACUUAUUUCUUAAUUUCCCCUAGUUGCAAGCAGGGAUGUAAGACUUUGAAUUAAAGGAGAGGAAGGAGAAACCUAACUUUGAGGAACAUCACUAAGUGACAGAAGGAGUUAUACAAACAGGUUUUGUUUAUUAAAAAAAAUCAAGUUAGGUGGUCAUUAAAUGUGCCACUCCAGUUGUUACCCCAAAAUUAUUAUUAAUAUCAAAAUAUUUUUUUCAGCAAAGAUAAAGAGGAAAACUCUUUGUGAUACAAAUGAAAAAUAACAGCCUGAAGAGUUGAUUUCUUUCUAUGGAAGGACAAAUUAUAUUUCUAUUUUAUGUAGCUUUUAGAGUGCCUAAAUUAGGCAAUUGAAACUAGCAUACACUGUAGGAAACAGAUUUAGAGACAAAUAAACUUCAGGCCUUUUAUUGAAUUAUAUUUCUUUGUGGAUGAACAUUGUAUGGAAAUACUUAGUUUAAACACAGUCAUAUGAAUUGAAAUUUAAUGUAUCCAGAAGGAUUGCUGAUAGAAGUUUCUUCUCUGAUCUGAAAGAAUGAGUUGAUGAAACAGCUUCAUUGGUGAUAUUACAAUGAAUAAAAUCUUGCUAAGGUUUUCGUCAGGAAAGGUUAGUUCAAUAAAAGACAUCACUUUAUCUCUUUUGUGAGUCUCACAAGCUUGAUAGCAGAAGUUCUAUAUCCACAGGUUAUUAUAUCUAACGUGUAUGUCCUGAAAUGGCUAAUCCAAAGUAAUUUAUUAAUAAAAAGUAUUCUAGAUCAAUGUUUAGAGAAAUCCACAACUUCAAGAGGGAACUUGAAAAACUUAAAAGGGCCAAAUUCUGCUGUCCGUUUUUUUAUGCAACCCCAUAUUGCAGAAAAUUUGUUUUAAAAAAUCAUGGUGGUGGUACAAGUUGAAGUAUGAAAGACUAUAAGAAUAACCAGAAGCAGUGUAAAUUGUUGUAUGCAUUGACAUUUACACUAUUUGUCUUUUGUUGAAAUCCAGGUGAUAUGAUCAAGCAUUCUAUUAAAGUAUUUUCAUCAGGUACUGGUGACGAUUUGUAUAACCUGUUCAAGCUUCACUUGUGUUCUCUGUUGUCUUCUGAAGGUGCACUCUUAAAUGAAACCAGUUUUAAACAGAUUUCAAGUGCUUUAUGAGAUAGAUUAUGGAUGCUGGGCAGAAUUGGUCUCAACUUAUAUUUGGGUAGAUUUUCAUAAAUCCAGGGCUUCAGGUGUAUAUUCAGAGAACUUAGAUAUGAGUCCUAAGUUCUGAACAAGCUGGAGGUAUUCAACGUUGGGAAGUAUUUCACACAUGUUGUCCCAUUGUACAUACUGAGCUUCUUGAGCCCUGUGAAAAAAUGUGAAUUGCAGUCGUUACAUCUAAAACAACCGAUAAAUAAUCUGAUCUUUAGGCUAUCUUUAUUGUCAUACACAAAUUGUAUUUACUAUAAACACUAAGAGAAGAUUCAGUGCAUAUAAUGGAGUAUUAUGCUGCUUGAUUGGUCAAUCAUUUGGCCCUCUGCCUUUGGAUCUCUGUCAUAAUAACCCAGAAAUACAUUUCUAUUGCUUAUACAUAGAACUCUGGGAGUAUUUAAUACUUGCAAAUUCCAGAGUUAUUAGAUUUCAGGGAGGACUUUGGUAAAAUACUGCAGUUAAGUAUUUUUCCAUUGGGGCAUGCAGUCAUAGUUAUAGCAUGUAUCAAUUCAUUAAACCAGUGAAGAGGUAUCUAAAUUUACAAUGGAAAACAAAUAAAUAAAAAUAAAAUGUAGUUUUAAAAAUGGGCACAGGAUAGAUCCUGCCAUGUGUGAGAAGUAUUCUUCCUUUGGUUAAACUCAUUAAUUGAUACAUGUGGCAGUUACACAAGAGUCAUCAUUCCAGUUUUAUACAACACUUCUUUCGCCUCACCAUUUAAAAAGUCCCAAUGACAUGCUUUAAAAAAAAAGUCCUGUUAAUGUUGGUGUGGCUGCUUGAUAUUUUAUUGGCAUCAAGGUGACUCUCAGAACAUGUAAUAUAAACAGAAAUUAGAAAAAGGAAUAUUUUGCAUUCUUUUAAAAAGGGAAUAUAAGGAAAUCCCAUUUUUUGAGAUUAUAGCUAUAUUUACCCAUAGGAGUGGAGCUUGACUGUUUUUGUCACUAUUGUGAUAAAAUCAUGACAACCUUGUAUUAAUUACAGGGUUGAUUAUCAAUCAUUCUCCUUCUAAUGUAUCAACUGAGAGGUUUACAAACCAGAAUGCGUUGAAUCUCUAUAUUGUGUUUCAACUUUAAAGGGUCAACACAAAUCUGUCGGCAUUUUGCACACUUGAUAUGUAUUAUUAUAAUACAACAUGUUACUUUUAUGGUAAAACUUUUUUUACACAUAUAACUACCUCCAUGAAUUUGAUGAAAUGCAGCAACAUGUUUUUUAAAAAGGGUAUUAUUAAGAGCAACGUUGAAAACUUUAUGAAGAAAAAGGCCAUGACGUUCUCUUGUGUGUCGGUGCUUGCGUAUGAAGUCAUUUUCCAUUGCCAUGAUUUCCUGUUACUGUAUUCAAUUGACUUUUGGCUUUAGUAGUAUGAAGUUUUAUACAAAGGUCGUAGAAUCUUUUAGAUAAGCAAAAGGGUUGGGGGAGGGAUCAGAAUUGCCCUUUGUCUUUCCAUUUUGGCUGAAGUUUCUACCUGGUAGACAGUCAAGUGUUGCUUGUAAUUUAGGAGCCUGUUAAUACAUACAGUAUAUGGAACAUGAUUGGCAGAUUGGGGCUUAGCAGAAGACGCACCAGGCAUUUCAGUUGCCUCCUUUUAAACACUUUGGGCCCUAUUCUGCCUUGGGUUAUGACCACAUAUCAUACCAGAACUUUGCUAAAAUCCUUGCAUUGUCUAUCUGCAAAUGGGCCACUGGUGUGAUAUGCUCUUCAUUUUCACAACUGUAUGCAUCUUGGGGACUGAAUAGUAUGGCGCUCAAUCUUUUUUAUUUUCUGUAAUGAAAUAAAUAGCAUGAGAUUCUGGCAGCAGCAGUUGCAGAACAAUCAGAUAAGAUAUAGCACUAUUUUACAUUUUGAUUUUUUAAAAACUGAGGAACAGUCAAGAAGCAUGUCAUGGGAAAGAUGAGUGACAGCUGCCCUUCUUCAUUUGCCAUUUGUGUAGAUGCGAUAGAAAUAGUUUCAGGUUGUUCAGAUCAAGGCAAGUAUAGAACAAAUAAGCAGAGCUGAAGGCUCAUAUAUAAGAAAUAUCGUAAGGAUUUUAUAAAUUUCUUAAUUAUAUCUAGGGCUGUGGAUAUUCAGUGCCUGAAAAAUCUCUGUACUACAGCAAACUGAUCCAGAUUGUGCACCAAGAGCCAUCUCUAGCUAACUGGAUGCCCUUUUUCCUGCUUCUCCUAGCCUUGGAAGCAGGAAAAGGUGGGCCAAGAAACCAGAAGCUGCACAUAAGAUCCAAUGAUAGUCCUAUGCAGAGCCAUUUUGAAAUCCUCAGAUUUCACUUAGUGCAUUUUUCCUUCUCUCUUUGCAGAGAUUCAAAAGGUGCUGACUCUUGUGCCAGUUGCAGAAUCCACUUUUGUGUUGUGCAUUUGUGGACACAGUAAAUACUUGCAGCUCUGAAAAUAAUAAGGAAAUUAGUAUGACAUAGCAACAUACUUAGAAACUAUUCUUCCCUAAAUCAAUCACCAGCAGUAGCCAUCAGAAUGAAUACAUUUUAGUAUCAAGAACAUUUAAUAACAGAUGGUAAUAUUGUUCACUAAUGUUGUGCCUGUAUAUCUCAAGUAGUUCAUAAAAUUAACUAGUGAAAAAUAACCCUAUUGAAACUAACACAACUUGCUUCUGCUUUUAGAUUUCAACAAACUGUCAGGUGCCCCAAACUCCGAUGCAAGAAUCAUAUUCAUCUAGUAGCUGUCUAUAUUUCAGAUAUAAUUUCAAUGAUUCAUUUUAAAGAUAAUUUUGGAGGCUUAGACUCACUGUUAUAAGAGUUGCCAAAGUGUUUCACUUUAGCAGAAUAACCUUUCCUGCUAGUGGAAAAAAAACCCUACAAAAUGAAUAGACUCAAAAUAUAUUUUAAAAAUGUUUAUUGCAAGAGGCAUUUUCCUAACAUGAAAUGGAUAAAUUCAGUACAUUAGUCUACUGUAGCUUAUGCCCCAUUCUGCUCUUCCAUAGAAGCAUAUAAAUUAAAUAGAAAUGAAUACAAUUAAUUCUCUUAAUUAUUUACAAAUGGCUUCCAGUCCUACUCAUGCCAGUCUUUGUACUGAUCUCAAUUAUAUGAUUUGUGCCCUCUGAUGCCCUUCCAAAGUGCAGAACGCCUCCCUGUGCGUUAGACAAUCGAGGCUCUGUUCUUUUGCCUAACAGGUGACUAUCACCUCUUGAGAGCACACACAGAUUACCUUUGACCUCGCUCUGCUGCAGAUUCAUACACUAGGUGCUAUCGCAUGAUUUUGGCCAUGGGAUGCAAUAAAGAACAAUGAAAUAUCACUAUUUUAUGACAUAAUUUAAAAUCUGUUUCCAUUAGUGCAAACCUGUAUUUCAUUUAAUUCAGUGGUUCUCAACCUCUAGGUCCCCAGGCGUUUUGGCCUACAACUCCCAGUAAUCUCAGCCAGUUUACCAGCAUUAGGAUUUCUGGAAGUUGAAGGCCAAAACAUCUGGGGACUCACAGGUUGAGAACCACUGAUUUAAUUGAAAGCAGAGCAAUAAACAACCUCACUGUUUUAAAAUAGUUUUUAAAUUAUUUAUAGUUAGCAAUAUAGACAAAUUAACAUUUUGUGGAAACGGUCCCUGAUCAGGCCAAUAGAGGGAAUACAUGGAAAUGUUUUCAUGUAUUCCAUAAAUACAGAGAUAGUUCAUAAUGGGAGGCAUUAUGAACAGUGGCAACUGAGAUUUCUUUUUAUAGGAAGAGGGUUAUCAGGACAAUUAAAUUCCGAGCCAUCAUGUGUUGACUCUGGCCCUGAAAGAUUCCCAUCAUCAUACCAAAUACAUGACAUAAGCGGUUCAGAAACUCACCAGAGUGCCUCCACUGUGAGAUGUUCUGGGUCAUAAAAGCAACCCAAAAAACAUUCAGCAUGAUACUCUUCUAUUUGUCAGAAACUCACCCACACACACCCCUUGAUGCAGUGCAUAGUCAUGCCGAACAAUACUUUGAUUAGAGAUUACAGUGGAUAUUACAUAGAUAUUAAAAUAACCAGACACCCACAUGUGAGCGUGCAAAAUCGGAAUAGGGCCUGUCAAGUAAUUGGCACAGAUGUUUAACUUCUGUACAAACAAGAGACUUAUAUUCAAAGGGAUCAUAUUUCUGCAGGUAACCUGUGAGUGACUGAAUGUGACUGUUGCAUUAGGUUUAAAUGAGUUAAUAAAUGCAAGUGGGACUUACUGUAUGCUAGAAGGGAGUUUUGCAACCAAGACUGCCUUGUAUAAAUGUGUUUGCACUGAAAAAAAUUAAAAUUACUUGGUCUCUGGUUGCUGUAAAGGUCAUCCAAGCUGGAUGUUCUGUUUAUAUUGUAUAGUAUUUCAUAUGAAAUAAUUACAGUUCAUGAAAUGUCUUCCCUUAACGUUACUGAUUUAUAACAGCACAUUUGUGACAUGGUUUUUAUUGUGUCAGUGUACCAUACUGUAAAUGAUGAUAACUUGUCAUGCUUAGUAUAAUAACUUAAAAGGAAAAAAAGGACAGGGAUUUUGUAAGUCUAUAUUUGAAAGUCCCUCCAUAUGGUAAUAUUGUGUUCAUGUUGUUUAUGUAGUGUUCUGUGAAAUAUCCAUUUUGGAUUGUGUUACUUUUUAAAAUAUUAAAUAACAUUUGGUUAUA